GGUGCGGCUUGUGUCUCUGCCUACUCCUGUGCGUAAGAGCGCACCGAUGGAUAUGUAAUGCGCUCCCGAAAAACGCCAAAUCUUACAGCCUGCAAACGCCUCUCUGAAAAGACGUAUAGAUGCGCAGCAGAGAGCGCGCGCUACAGAGCAGUUAGUUAGAUUAAGUCUUUCCACCGUGAUUUUUAUUCUGCGCGUUUUUUUUGUUCUAUUUUUUUUUUUGGAUGAUGAUAUGGUAAUAAAGAUGCUCAUCGGCGCGGGUGACGGUGCGUUGCUAUUUGGAUGUGUGUUCCUGGACUUUUCAGCGUAUCAUGACCGCGCGCCCUUUCCCCUCUCUCCAAGUCUUUUCGUUUCCGCGUGAAGUUGAACGGAGGAGACGGCACGAUGAGAGGGAAAUACUUUCUCCUCGGCUUCUUGUUGCUCAAACUUAUGGCUCUCGUGUGCAAGGCUGACGGGGAGCCAGGACUGCUCGGGGGAUUCGUCAUGAUCGCCACCUCCAACGGCUCCAGGGAGGAGGAGAGCGUGUCCGAGGAGACCCCGCACACGGAGGACAAAUGUCGGGGUUACUACGACGUGAUGGGCCAGUGGGACCCGCCGUUCACCUGCAAGACGGGCAAUUAUUUGUACUGCUGCGGCACCUGUGGCUUCCGCUUCUGCUGCUCCUAAAAGCUCUCGCGGCUGGACCAGAGCACCUGUAAAAAUUAUGACACUCCGGUGUGGAUGAAGACCGGGCAGACUCCCUACAAAAAAAUGAACAAGAUGCACGACAGCACCAAAGACAAGACGAACUUAAUUGUUUACAUCAUAUGUGGAGUAGUGGCCAUCAUGGCUCUUGUGGGGAUUUUCACCAAAUUGGGGCUGGAAAAGGCGCACCGGCCUCAGAGAGAGAACAUGUCCAGGGCCGUCGCCAGCGUGCUGCAGGGCGGGUGUCCAGGUGAGCAGUAUCGUGGGGAGGAGGCCCUAGGGAUGCAUUCGCAGCACUUUGUUUCCAGGGCCACAAACCUCCAGGGAGGUCAGAUCAACAACAACGUGGCACCGGGCUCAAACAUGGGCCAGCAGCACCCUUACCCUGCCCUCAGCCAGCUGGCACAUGUCUACGAACAGCAGCAGCAACAACAGCAGCACCAGCAACAGCAGCAGCAGCAGAACAAGGAUCUCAACAAGUACGCCUCCCUGAAGGCUGUGGCUGCCAAGUACAACGGUGAAGUCUACAACAAGCGCCGGCUGAUGGUGGAGCUGCCAACGAAGGGCGGGCUUCCUCUCCAGCCCAUGGGCAACUCCAGACCCUCCAUGGGCAACAUGACGUCGAUGACUCCUUCGAUGACGACCAACCCCAUGUCUUCUAACCAAAUGGCCUCCAAUCCCAUGAACCCCACCAUCAACCAGAUGACAUCCAUGACCCCAAUGACAUCUAUGAUGCCCAUGACCUCUAUGACGCCCAUGACUUCCCUCACCCCGAUGACCUCCAUGACACCUAUGACCUCCAUGACACCUAUGACCUCCAUGACCCCCAUGACCUCCUUGACCCCAAUGACCUCCAUGACCCCUAUGACCUCCCUGGGUCCACUGACUCCUGAGCCAGUGGCCACGUAUGUCACUGAGAUGCCCAGCAUCUCCUCUGUCUCAACCCUCCCGACAGAACGGCACAUAGCCGGUGCCGGAGGAGGUGGGGGACUCAAGCCGAAUGGCCAGAAACCCAAAGGCAGCCAUGGUCAUGUGGGCCACAGCUCUCACAGCUCUCACACUCACAGUCAUGUUCACAGCCACAGUAGCAAGCCACCAGGACUCAGGUCUACUUCCCUGGCACACAUGGCAGGGACCAUGCCAGGUGGCACGUCCCUGGGCAUCUCCAGGGCCGCUGAGACCUCCCUUGGCUCCAGCUCGGCUACAAUGGGCCGCCCAAUGGUGUACAGUUCCAACACAAUUGCGUCUGGGCAUACGAUGGGGCUGGGCCUUAAGGCCUGGGAUGGGACUGAGACAGUGGGCCGCAGGAAGACCUACGGGCACAAGAGGCCUCAGUGUACCGUGCUGGAGCCCAACCAGCUUCACGGCACCAGGGGCCACAGCCACAGCCAACACUUCCUCCCCACACAGCCCUACUUUGUGACCAACAGCAAGACAGAGGUGACUGUGUGAGAGAAGGGAGAAAGGGAGAAAAUGAAAGGCAAAAGGAUGCAUGUGGUGGUGGCACAAGUAAUCUCUGAGUGAGGACACCAACCCCUGCGUUGGUCAAGGGUGCAGAUCUAUGUGUGUGUUUGUGUGGCUCGUUGGUAUACCGGUGAAUGUGGUUGGACAGUGACACUGUGUCUGAGUGGUCCUCGUUUCACAGACAGAGUUCACCAAUCAAAUCACUGAACAGACCUUUCAGCGUCCAAGUCGGUGGCAUCUGUUACCAUAACUUCAAAGCGCCUACAGAGCAGGGAUGUGUGUACACUUGUGGUGAUAUUAGAGUGUUGCCUCACAGCUAAUAUCUACUCUGUAAUAACAACAAUAUCUGAGCGUUACAGUUCAACACACGGAUGAUAAAGUGGGAAAGUGCUGAUAAUAAAAUGGAUUGGCUUUAUGAACCAAACCUGAGAAGCAAUAUAAGGGAUUUAGUGUAACGCAUCGAAGCAUUGUGGGAAAGAAGAAACACAGCAAGUUUACCCACAAAUCUCGCAACACGAGUUCUGCUCAUCUGCCCAACAAAGCAUCGAACAGUUGGAAAGAAAAAAACAUUCCCUUAUGAUUCAAUCCCCAUAAAUCUCCUGAGGGCUUUGAAACAGACACACAUGAUGAGGGCGCUGGGCUUUGGACUGCAGACAUGCAGGGCUUUGUACUGUGGCUAUUCAGAAGCGCCUUCAUAAGAUCUGCAGCUGAAGGUCGCCCUUUUUCCACAAGGCUCCAGCACAGAGAAUGGAGGCUGUCACACUGGCAUUGUUCUGUUCUGAUCCCGUCUGUGUGGUGACAGCUGGCCCGGAGGAGGGAUAAGGAGGCAGGGAGGCAGCAUCUGGAUGAUGCUGCAGCUAGCAGAGGCUCCAAGGAGCAUGAUUCUCGUACACACACGCACAGUCAUGCACAUGCAGACAUGUUUUCACACAAACACACUGAAACAUAUACUGUAGAAAUGUCGCACACCAGGGUUUGACCAAAAUGGAGUUUUUUAAAGGAUGAUACCAAUAAUUUAAGAAUUCAGCUACAGAUGGCUGAUAUUUUGUUUAAUUUCUGCAUAUUUGUUGUCUUUAAAUUUGACAGUUUGCAUUUGAAAAACUCCGUGCAGUGCUCCUCCAGAAUAAUCAGUGAAUAUCACCACAGUACUCUAAAACUAUCAAAUGAAACACAAGAAAAUAUUCAGAAAUGGCAGCUACGUCAGAAGUACCCAUCUUAUCCAUUCAAUGACAGGGUAUACAGUUUUGGAUAUGUAAAUACUUUUAAAUUAGAAAACUAUUUACAAAAGGGUUGCACAAUUCAUGGAAUAGUUUUGGUAAAUAGGUGCAUUUACUUUCUUGCUUAGAGUUAGAUAAGAAGAUUAAAACCACUUUUAUGUCUGCAUGUUAAAGGUCUAGUGUGUAGGAUUUAGUGGCAUCUAGUGGCGAGGUUGCACAUUGCAACCAACUGAAACUUCUCUCAUGUGCCAAGCGUGCAGGAGAACUACAGUACCCGACAUGAAAACGUGACUGGCCCUACCUAGAACCAGUGUUUGGUUUGUCCAUCUUGGCUUCUGUAGAAACAAUAUGGCGGACUUGGUAUGUAGGUACAAACAACUCAUUCUAAGGUAAUAAAAACACAAUCCUUAUUUUAAAGUAAUUAUAAACCGAUAAAAACAGUUUUGAAUAUCACAUACUAUUUUGGCCAAUAGUUUGUUUGCAAUUAUGUGACUAUUAUGAUGCACGAAAUUCAGAUGAAGAGCAGGUGGUUAUAAGUCCAUACACUGAAUUGGAAAAAGAUGAACAUGACAACAUAAACAAUAUGUAUGAAUCUGCAAGCAGCAGGUAUCGUCAGAAAAUUUAAACUAAUGGUGGAUGUGAUCCAUACAAAACAAAGGAAAGCAAUUUUUUUCCAGCAACUUGACAGCAUUGUCCGGUGUGGACACGAUCACCCUUACGAAUUACUAUGUCCUCUAGACCAGUGGUUCCCAACUGAUGGGUUAGGAUUAGGGUUAGCGAAUAUGUCAAGUUUCUAAAAAGACACACUUUAUUUUGAAGUACAGUGAAUAUCCAGCACAGAGCUUUUAUUUUGAGGGACUGUUUCCUGCUGUAGAGUGAGUGUAUAACAAAUACCUACUUAACAGAGACAGCAAACGAGCUUGACGACAUGGCCAAACACAAGUAUAACGCUAAAUAUUUUUAAGUGUGUGGACUUUGAACAAAUGACUAGAGACAAAUCUGGAACCCGGUUUCUGGACCAAUUGAGAACCACUGCUCUAGACCUCCUUACGUUACUGACAAUACACGGCGAGCCGAUGAAAACGUACAAAAGUCUAGUGGACUGUAACUAUUUUGUUUGCGGUUGGGUCCAUGGCUGAAACGACUGCCAUUUUGUUUUUGGCAGGGUGAGUAAAUGUGCUUGAGUAUACAGUAUUUCAUAUUCCAACUCUGUACAUGGAUGCGCCGUUGUCAGGCUAACCUUACCAGCUAACGUUAGCUAACUUUAGCCACUAUUUUCUACCUAUUAGGUCAUCUGUUUCCAUAGGUCUGGCAAACACCAUAAAAAUCUGGGUUGUGGCUAAAAACACCGAGUUGAAACAGCAUAUUGUUAUGGUAUCCAACUUCAGGCAUGUUAAAUAAUGCGUUAACAUUUGAUGUUAGUUAACACCGCUCCUCCAAAGAGAGGACAGAGUUUUUUUUCAUCCACAUCCACCGCUGUUUCUCAGUGAGUUUUUUUUUUUUUUUUUUUACUUCUCCCCUUUACGUCCACUUUUUUUAGGAUUUACAGUGAGCCUUGUUUUUUCUCAAUUUGAUCAACUGGAAGAGCUGUAAAUAGCUCAAAUUGUAGACACCAAUGUAUGACAUCAUAUGCAAAAGAGCUAUAGAUGUCCCGAAAUUGUACACACUGGAUCUUUAAAUGUGAAGCUACAGUCAGUAGUCUGCUAGCUAAACAGCUAACCUGGUUCUCUCCAAUAGUACAGGAACAAAAUCUGCAUUCAAGUAUCUCAAAAGCUCAUUAAUCUAUAUAUCUAGUUUAUUUAAUUUGAACAAAAACUGUUAAGUAGAUACUAGUAGGCAACAAAAUGUCAAACUAUUUCUUUAAAAUAAUGAAUAAAAUGUGCAAAAAUAAAGCAGUUUUAAUGUAGCUGUGGUCACCCACUGAUUAAUAAAUAUGUAUGCAUUAAGGCAAGCACAGACAGCACACAUGAAAUAUGGGUCAAUUGAGCAACUAUAUGCCUCACAUAUUUCAAUAGUUGGACCAAAUUUUAGCUUUGGAAACAUUUCAUUUCUGCACAGAUUUUGCAUAGGAUGUUCUACUUCUCUAGUUUUAGACUAAAGCAAGAAACUGUGAAAAGUGGAAUAAAAAUACCACUUUUUCUGGUAUUAGAAGACACUGCCACAAAAAACUAGGUUUGAUUAGAUCACUCACUGUACUCGAGCUCUAGCUGGAAAAAAAAAAAAAAACAUCACAACCAGCAGGGAGAGAAAAAAAACUAUCUGGGUUACAUGACUCAAACAUAAAAAUAAAUCCUUAAGUUUGACAAAUAGGCCAAAUCUUCUAAGUGCUUCUCUGAGCCUAUUUGCUUCUUCUGUAAUGAUGUGAGAUUUAUUAGCAGCUGCAGCCACAGUUAUCAUUUUGACCUUGUUAUCUAAAGUGCUGCUUCCACCUCUAAGACCCUUUUUAAACUUGUGAUUAAGAUGCAUAUUUAAGUGAUCAAAGUAUAAUCAGACAAUGCUUAGCCACAUUAAUAUAGGAGGGGAAAAAAAGACACAGCGAGGAUGGAUUAUGACUGGAUUGCUUAAACCAUCUCUGGAGGUGGUGUAACCGUAAAUGCAAUUAUGUACUGGAAAUGUGCGUGCAAAAAAAGUGAAAAAAAGGUGUAAAUUGUCAUUUUUAAAGCAUGUAAAUAUAAGAGGGAAGGGUGCACAUGACAAUCUGAUGAGAGAAAAAGAGUGGAUUUCAGUGUGACACAUUUUAAUGGAAGCUCCAGCAGAGCAGCACUCAGUUUGGGUACGCUGUGUAUCCAGACCGCAUGUAGAUCUGAGCUGCACAGGGGGGUCUAAUACUACAGCGUCUAAAUCAAAAGACGAAACAGCUCAGCCAGUGGAGAGUAAGAUAAGGGGGUCUACAGGAGGGGAUGUUUUUUGCCUUGUGCUGUGGAACCCCCCGCUGCCUCCAGGGUCAUAUGACUGAAAACCUGAGACCAAACUGAAGGCACUGAUAUAAGAAGUCACCAGAGCAUUAAAAUGUGUCACCUUUACACCCACACCUAACACAUACACACUCACACAGAAUACAUUACAGGGUGGACUCUGCUUUCCUUCUGCUCCCACAGUGCCGAGCGGCAGGCGUCAUCGCAGCAGGGAGACAAAAGAGUCCGUACUGUUACUGCGCCUGUUGUACAUGAAAGACUGUGAAACUCCAGACCAUGGCCCUUUGUAGCGACAACUGAUAUUAUGCUUUUUAUAUAUAUAAAUAUACAUAGCCUUUUCUCUCUUAAUCUCUUUCUUUUUCAUCUCUUCUUCACUUCCUUUCACACCCCUUUAUCUUCUUCUUUGCUCCCUCCAUGUCUGAACGGAGAAAUAUCUGCGAGAAACAAAAACGGGGCUGUGAUGAAUCUUUUCAGUGAUAGUGGAGUACAGUCAUGAUGAGACAGUGAAUAAUAAUAAUUCACCCCCUACACCUUAGAAUGAUUGGUUUCCCCCGUGUGCGUUGUUCCAGCAGGAAAUAUAAGUGAUUGAUUCUGUGUGCCAAAAAAAAUGUAAUUCAGUUUGCAAUUUUGUACCAUUGUGUGUCCCCUUCAACGCUGCACACACUUCACUCUUUAUAACUUUUUCUAUGUGUGUGGAUAUGUAUGUGUGUGUGUGAAUCCAACUCCGGCAUAUGAUUAUCUUCUCUGACAAAGUCAAAACUCAAACAAACGAGCCAAACAAAGUGAAUCAUAUAUAAAUGGAGUUCACAAUCCCAUAAACCUGGUUGCUUCCGUUGGGAAUCCUUUGCAAAUUUUGUUGUUGUUUUUUUCUCCCCCUCCACCUUGUAUUUAUUUCCUCCUUUUCCUGACAGCUGGUGGUUUUGUUUGCGGCAGAGUUGAGAAGCAGGUCAAUGUUUGCUCGGGAUGUGCAUUAUCGGACCCAAUUGACUUAAUCCAGCAAGGCGGAAAUGUGGAAAUAUGAACCCUCCUUGCCAUCACGUACUGCUCCAUCCUUAAAGCCCAUUCAGCUUUGCAAACGCAGCCACUGGAACAAUUGGUAAGCAGGCAGGGCAGUGGAAACAGUUGGUAAACAAAACAAACCAAAAAAAAAAAAAAACCCUCAUCCCACACGGUAAAAGCCAAAAUAAACCCGAUAGAAAGCGGGGAAUUGGUUGCGCUGGCUGGGUCACGGCUGAUAGGGUCAGGGCCACAGAUGAGUGGAUCCAGGAGGCAGUCACGUCUGACAUUUUUCAUCAGACGAGUCAGUCAGACAAAAAAUGCCACAGCAGAGACUAAAGGACACAGUCAGCUCAGUAACAGAGCCAGUAGACACUCUGGAACAGAAGAUUUAUUGUGCAAUUCUUGUUUUUAUAUAUUUUGACAACACUAUUUGGUGAUAAACAGCCCAGUCGCCAGAGUAAAAUUGGCAUUGUACCUUUUUGUAAACAAUGGUUAUGCUACAUUUGUAUGUUUCAGACGUAUCAUAUCAACAUUUCCAAAGUAACAUAGUUCAUAUUAACAUGUAUAUGAGCAGAAACGGUGGAUGGUGUGACACUUAGACGAGACAGCUGCCAAGCAAACCAGUACAAAAGCAGUAUGUCGGUGAAGAUUCUCAGUCAUCCAGGUCAUGGUAGUCAUAAGUGGUAUAUUGUAGGCAACUGGACUUGCUUGCGUUUCUUGAAGACGUUUCGCCUCUCAUCUAAGAAGCUUCUUCACUUCUAACUGACUGGUGCUGAGUUGCAAGCCUUAUACUCUGUGUGGGUGUGAACCCUUACAGAGUCGUUGAGGUCACAUGUGAGCUCUUAGUUUGAGAGUCGUAAAGUCUCUGAAACGAAGAGCUCACAUGUGACCUCAAUGUCUAGUCCAGUUGCCUACAAUACAGCACUUAUGAUUACCAUGACCUGGAUGACUGACAAUCUUCACUGACUUGUUGCUUAUCAAUUUGGGAAGAAUGCCCUUAGACUGGUACGAAUACAAGCGCACAUGUGACCUCAACAUCUCUGUAAGGGUUCACAUCCACACAGAGUCUAAAGCCUGUGACCCUGCACCAGUCAGUUAGAACUGAAGAAGCCUCUUGGAAGAGAGGCGAAACGUCUUCAAGAAAUGCAAGCAAGUCCAGUUGCCUACGAUACAGCACUUACGAACAAAAGCAGUAUUUUUGAUGGCAUGUCGAGACAUUUCCAGUCAUGUUUGUGGUGACCAAUCUGUGUUAGCCAAAAACAUGUGUUCCUAACCCUAACCAAAGGUUUUUUAUGCUUAAACCUAACCACACAUUAACCACAACAUUGUCAU